GGACGAUGAUACACGAGAUAAUGAAAGAGCAAUAAUAGAAAAUUCUCAGUUGGGUAUAGAUUUCUCCCGUGGCAACGACUUGCUACGCGCCGCCGUUCGUCCGCCUCUCUUCGCCGGCCUCUCUUUCUCUCUCUAUUCUCGCUGACUCUCAUAGCUUAGCUAUUGCAAUUGAGCGAGCACAGAGUACAGUGAUGAGCGUGUGAGAAGACAAUGGGCGUUACAUGCGGCGGCAGCCUCCGGGAUACAUGGCAUCGUGCCUCCGACCGUUGCUCCCGCUUUGUUCCCUGCCUUUCUGAUCCUGCUCGAAGAUCUGCUUUAUCACUGAGAGCCACGUUGGUGGUGCUGCAUCUUGUUUUCGCCGGGUAUGCUUACAUUUUCCUCUUCUUGAAAAAAUCUAGCUUUGUACUCGAUGAGCAGAAGGAUGUUGACGAGCGAGACGCUUCAGCUAGAAGAUCAUUAUUGGCCUCAAAACAAUCAGCGGCAAGCAACAGUAGCAGUGUUGUAAUCACUGUGGAUGGGAGGAACUCUCACAGAGGGAAUGCAACUGCUUGGACAAAGCUAGUAAUGGAUUUAUACCCUCCAAGGACAUCCACUAGGUGGUACAUAUUUGAGGAAACAGCCUUGUGUCUCUGGACGAGCGUUCUGUAUGUUGGGUUCCUUAAGUCAAAUAUAUCUAAGGCAUGGUGGGUGGAUGUAAUAAUGAUUUUGCUCCUUGCUGCUUUGUCCAUAUCGCUAAUCUUUCUGCUACUUCUGCUUUUGUUCCAUAGCUACCUUGUUAUGACUAAUCAAACCACAUACGAACUUGUUAGGCGGCGACGGAUUGUCUAUUUGAGGGGCAUUCCUGAAAGAGUUUACCCAUUCAGUAAAGGAGUCGGCAGGAAUUUGUACGUGUUCUGUUGUGCCAGAAGCAGCUUGCAUAGGAUGGAACCGUUACCAUCGACCCAUGAGCUUGAGCAGAUGUUGAGGCCCUACACUUGCUCUGAUGUUCUAUCUUGCCGAUGCUGCUAAUGUCGGGCCUCUGUAAUUUUUCAUCAGAUUAUGAUUUUUUUCUGUUGCGCCUUCAAACUGGUCAUUCAAAGGAAUGCAUUUCUUCUGCUGCCGUAUUUAAUUUUAUUGAAAAAUGGUGCAUUAGUGUUGUAAAAUCAGGUCUCAGUUUGCAGAAUAUAUAUUUUUUUUUUCUCGGCUUUGGACUAUACAAUACAUGUGUUUCCAAUACUUUUUAGUUUAUCCUUUUGUGUGGUUUGGUGCCACAGCUGGUCCAGUAAAUGAAGUUUGAAGAGUGUUUGGGUCCAAUGUCGAGCUAAUAUUGGUAAAAUCAAAUAUGAUAAAUACAUUGACAGGAUGAUGGCUGGGCAGGAAGAUUUUGUAGUUAUCCCAGUAUAUAUAGCUACUUGACAAUUGAUGCAGUUUAACAUAAUUAUUGCAUUAACGUUUAAAGCAAUGUUUCAUCUCUAGCCUA